UUAAAAUUGUAAUGGACUGUAAAUAAUACUUUUUUUUAUUGUUAUACACUUUAAGUGCAGUUAUUUCAAACAACGUGAAGCUUGCAGAGGAAAAAGGUUGUGUGCAAAGCCAGAUGUUUUCAGAUGCCAACCAGUGCGAUCAGGUUAUAGAGGGUUAUGACUUCCCUUUACAAGACCUAAGCCGAUUUAAAACUGUGAGCAAGGAAAGAGAGAGGAAAAGAACAAUCCCAAAAUGGACAUCCGAGGAGCUGUUGAUGCUGCUGUUCCAACCAACGUCAUUGCAGCCAAGGCUGCAGAAGUCCGUGCUAAUAAAGUCAACUGGCAAUCAUACCUUCAAGGCCAGAUGAUUUCAGGAGAGGACUGUGAGUUUAUUAAGAGGUUUGAAAUGGCUCGUUCUGAAGAGAAGCACACCAUACUGACUAAUGAAGGACAACAGUGUGCAAAAACGUUCCUCAACCUUAUGGCUCACAUCUCCAAGGAGCAAACUGUACAGUAUAUCUUGACUUUGAUUGAUGAUACACUUCAGGAAAACCAUCAGCGUGUUAACAUCUUCUUUGAUUAUGCCAAAAGAACUAAAAACACAGCCUGGUCUUACUUUCUGCCAAUGCUGAAUCGCCAGGAUCUGUUCACUGUUCACAUGGCUGCAAGAAUUAUUGCAAAACUGGCAGCCUGGGGAAGGGAACUGAUGGAAGGUAGUGAUCUCAAUUACUACUUCAACUGGAUUAAAACUCAGUUAAGCUCCCAGAAACUGCGUGUUGCAGGUACUGAAAUAGGAACAGUUUCCCCAAGUGAUAGUUCCCAGUAUGUGCAGUGUGUUGCUGGGUGUUUACAGUUGAUGCUUAGGGUUAAUGAGUACCGUUUUGCAUGGGUUGAAGCUGAUGGCGUCAAUUGCAUAAUGGCAGUUCUGAGCAAUAAGUGUGGAUUUCAGCUCCAGUAUCAGAUGGUCUUCUGUAUCUGGCUGUUGGCAUUCAGCCCUCAGAUGUGUGAAUUCCUCCGUCGAUACAAUGUGGUCCCUGCUCUGUCAGACAUCCUCCAAGAGUCAGUCAAAGAAAAAGUAACCAGAAUAAUCCUAGCAGGAUUUAGGAAUCUUCUGGAGAAAUCUGCUGAAAAAGAGACACGCCAAGAAUAUGCUCUGGCCAUGAUCCAAUGUAAAGUGCUGAAGCAGCUGGAGAAUCUGGAACAGCAGAAAUACGAUGAUGAAGACAUCUCUGAGGAUAUCAAGUUCCUUUUGGAGAAGCUCGGUGAAAGUGUUCAGGAUCUUAGCUCAUUUGAUGAAUACAGUUCUGAGUUAAAGUCUGGACGCUUGGAGUGGAGCCCUGUACACAAAUCAGAAAAAUUCUGGAGGGAAAAUGCAGUUCGAUUAAAUGAAAAGAACUAUGAACUACUUAAAAUCCUGACUAGGCUGCUGGAGGUCUCUGAUGACCCCCAGGUUUUAGCAGUGGCUGCUCAUGAUGUUGGGGAAUAUGUGAGGCAUUAUCCUCGAGGAAAACGAGUAAUUGAGCAGCUUGGUGGGAAGCAGUUAGUAAUGAACCACAUGCACCACGAGGACCAGCAAGUUCGUUACAAUGCGCUACUAGCUGUACAGAAGCUAAUGGUACAUAACUGGGAAUAUCUUGGAAAGCAGCUACAGUCAGAACAACCUCCAGCUGUAGCAGCAAGAAGUUAAGGGAUUCCUGUGAAAUGUGUGUCCUUUUCACCUACAAAAUUAUGCGUGCAUUUCAAAUGCAUUGUUGCAAUGGAAAUUUGUUUUUACUGUAAAAGUGUUGUGUUCAGGUAAUGCAGUAUACCUUAGUAAUAUCAUAAAGUGCGUAAGGUAAUGUUUCAAAUUAAAUUUUUGUGUCUGUUGUUUUAUGGGUUGCAUAUGGGUGGAGUAUUGUUAAUUAAAACAAGACUAAUGUUCAUUGCUGUAGUAGUUACUUAUUUAUGUAUUAGAUGUGCAAAUAUAUCCAUUCCAAUAAAUUAGAUGCCAUUAA